CUGGGACACUUCCACACCGAAGAUAAGCCUGUCUUUUUCAGUCAUGUUUCUCACAUAGAUUAAACACAUUUGGAGAUCUGCUGCAGAGGAGGAUGAGGGCUGAGUGAUUCUCGAGCGCAAAAAUAAAACUACGCAUUUUUGUAUUCAGAGCUUUUUCAAAAUGCCUCAACCAGAAACUCCCCCAACUCAACAGGCUCAGGCUCCUCCUCGGCCAGAUGCAGCCGAGCCACUGGACUCUGAAGCCCAGUACUACCGUCGGGGCAGGACUGCCCUGUGGGUUACCAUGGCGCUGCUCAUCCUGUCUCUGAUGGUGCUCACGAUCGGGUUCCUCGCCGCCACUCGCACCUCCAAUGUGAGCGUGGCAGGAUUUUACUCCGGCAUUACAUUGAGUUUUGGAGCAUUUCUUGGCGUCGUCGCUCUUCAUCUCGUAGAAAACCGCCGUCCAAUGCUGAUUGCCUCCAUCAUUUUCAUCAGUAUGGGAGUCAUCGCAGCCUUCCUCUGUGCUAUUGUGGACGGGAUAAUCGCAUCACAGCUCAUUGACAUAAGGCCACUGGAGGAGGACAUGUGCGACUAUUAUGGAAGUGUUUCUGGAUACGCUUACGACAACUACUACACCGAGGUGACAUGCCGUGCUUCAAACAAGGCCUGCAAACUCAAACUGGAAAGCCACACCUGCUACUGCUGCUACCUGUACAACUGUGAGAGUGACUAUCACUCACAGUACUACAGGUUCACUGGUGUGAGCAGCUGUUGGGAUGUGAUCCACCUACACCGUCUGCUCUGGGCCUCUGUCGUACUCAACGUAGUCACCAUGUUUCUGGGAAUCAUCAAUGCUGCGCUGCUCGGAGCUUACAAGGACCUGGUAAGCAAGAAUCAAAAGCAGAAACCAUCUCGUAACAUCCCUCCGAGUCCAGUUCCUCCGCCUCACAUCGUGUACAACCCAAACCAGCACAUCCUCACCUACGCCAGCUUCUGCCCCCCUCAGGCCCUCCCUGCCUACCCCAACUACCCCAUACCCAUACAGCCAAACCCCACUUACCCUUCUUCUUCCACGCCUCAGCCCAUCCCUGAAGGAGGCUGUCCUACCAACCCUCACCCGUGUGACCCUCCUCAGAACCAGCAGCCCCCUCCCCCGUCGGGACAGAUGCCCAUCACUCACCCCCAGGUCCACCCCCAGGUCCACCCCCAGGUCCACCCCCAGGUACCCCCCCAGCCUCUGGGACAGCCCCACCCCACAGGACACCCUCACUCCCAGGGCAGCACCCAGGAGACAGGCGGAUACCCAACACCUAAUGCCCCUAAUGCCCCGAUGCUGUAUGGAGAAGCGUAUGGGCCAUUUGAGAAACCACCUCCUUAUGCGUACUGAGUAAAUUUUGUGAAUAAUUAGGAAAAUUAUAUUUGAAUUUGGAGCACAAUAUUUGAAAACCAUCACACUGGACAUUGAACUUUAAAUGUUUAUUGUGUUUUAAACAGAAACAUGUGACUCAAAGCAUCAAAACAGAUUGCUGUGUACUGUCAAUGUGAUUUAAUUAGCAUAUCAAAAUGAACCGAUAGUUUUCUGUGACAUCGCUUUGUGUGUUACUGGGGGCUAAUAAUAAUAAUAAUGAUACACUAUACAAACGCCACAUAAUUUAUUAUAUUAAUCUUAUGGCUUUCCCUUCAACAAUCACAUCUUUAGGAUUGACUAAUGGCACAACUCUCUGAAGCGAUUAUGAAAAGAACAUUUAUACCGAUAGAAAAGUGCUUGAACUUUGUGCCAGUUUUUGUUUAAUAAUUAAAUAUAGGCUCAGUAAUUACAGAAAUCUCAACCAUAAACCAGAUCUACAAAUCUGCAAUCUGACCGUGAACAGAAAUUCAGAUUUCUGACCUGUUCUUCAGUUCAGUUUUAACCUAUAGUUUCUAGAAUAUUGUGUCUCGAAUACACCAGAAGUCUAGAUCCAAUUCUGUCUAAUAAAUAAAAACACAGUUAUAAGGA